AUGGCUAGCCAUGAGACCCCACAUGACACAUAUCCACCAAACUUGUUUGAUGAUGGUCAGCUACGAGACCCAAAUUUAAAGAAUUUCUUAAAUCAACCUCAAUUAUCCUCGGUGCAGACCACUAGCCAACAGACGUUAUUGACGUCUCCAACGGAUACUUGUUCGAGUAAUCCGAGUCCCACAGAUACUCUGGAUUCCGUCUCUUCGGAUCGGGAUACUUCUGUUACUAGCAAGCCUGCUUCGCCACCCUCGUCUCUGCAAGACUCAAACGUUGCUGGCAGUAGCGAUUCGGAUACGGAGAUGGCCGACGCACGCUCCAAUUUUGACGACGUAUCCAACCUGAGCCAACCUCUUCCCAAUACGCACGUUCAGAGCCAAGAUUCGGCCCCAGAUGAUCUGCUUGGAAAUAUCAACAGCCUAUUUCGGCUACUUGACCUUGUUGAUGAACACGGGUCAGGAGGCAUAGUCGAGAAAGUUGUGAUCGACCAGAGGUCACUUCAUCGUGUCCUUAACAUCAUUCAACCCGGGUCCUACGACUCGGUCUCCAAAAUCAAUUUCAAGGCAUUGGACAGGCUCUCAAUCAAACCAACGGGAGUGUAUGGAAACCGCUCAGAAAUUAUCAAUUUUUUGAGUCGCGUUCAAUAUCUUGACGAAAAUUCCAUUUUGCUCCUAUCCAAGGUUGGCGGCUCUGAUGAUUCCACCUCUACUCUUCGUUCUGGUCUUUAUUUGGUCUUGGAUCCUAAUCACAAGUUCAUCGGUUCUUCCAAAAGCGCAUAUAUUAUCUAUUGGCCAGAAGAUACUACCUGGGAAGAUCAAGCUGCUUCUUCAUCUGUACGGCGUAACCGAGUGACCUUUAUGCGCUAUCUUACAAAACUGUCGGACCAAAUUAUUGCCCUAGUUUCGCCCUCCCAAGCUGAAGCUUUUGUGUGGGAUGCCAACGCUCACAAUAAGGAUCUACCAGAGGAUCAGCGAGAUAAUGAUGACGAUUCUCGAUUGUUUUCUUUUGAAGUAUCCAAGUCUCUCGAGCAAGAAGAGGAUGCGGUUGGAAGCGAUGGGUUUAAAAUCCUUGUAGAGUCAAAGUUGCUCCCAAGAGACGAGAAAACAUCACGCGUACGGCUAGUCCCUGGCGAGCAGAAGAUGGCAUUGCUUACAGUCAAGUAUGAGAGAGCUCAGACUCAAGAGGAUCAUCGUGACGAGAAUAUUAAUGCCUUGAACCUUCGGCAUAUGAUCAGUUCAAAAGAACAUCCCCUUCAGCUUGGAGAUUUGAAACCCAAUGACAUUGAAGUACUGUCCUCGAAUGGUCUACGAGAAAGUCACAGAGGUAUUUUCGAGGCCCAUGAACAGCGUUUGCGGGAUUUGAAUGAAGAUCGGACGGCUUCGCAACGGGUUGACAACAAAUUCAUAGAGGAUCAAAUUUUAGGGGAUAAGCCAAGAGUCAAAGACGAGAUUCGAAACGCUGUUCGCGUCAUAUAUGAUCGAAUUUAUCCCGCUCUCGAAUUUGGAUACGAUAUUGGGCAUGGUCCAGAAGCCACUGCCGAGCUACAUAGCAUGUACUCGGGCCUUGGAAAACUGGAGGAUGAAAUUAAGAAGAAAUACAAAUUGGAUCAAGUCCAUGAUCAAGAAUACCAGCUCCUCAAGUCGCAGUGGCUGUUUGUUGAAGAGUAUUUCGAUAGCAACCCUGGCCUCUCGAAGCAUGAUCAACGCGAAUUUGUUGACGACGUCCUUAGUGGAGCGAUCGUUCGUGCUGACUACAAGUCCUCAGUCCCAAAUAACCAGUCCGCUGGGAAUAUUAUUGGUGAAAUUCAAGCUUUUGGUCGCACAGUGUUAAAGGCCAUCAGUCGAGGAAGCAGCCAUCAAGACACAGGACCAAAGCUCAGCUCAAGCGCACGGACUGACGCUUCUAGACGAGUUCCAGAUCCUGAUUUUGUUGCGCAUAUCCAUACGACAAGGGACUUGCGUCCGGCACUGGCAGAGCUCUUGCGAAGAAUUCAGGCACGCUUGGGCCAGAAUCUGGAGACGGUCGAGAAAAAAGUAGUCAACGAUCAACUUGACAAAAUUGUCUCUGGGGAGCAACAUCGUCGAAGCGCAUCGGCAAGUAGUUCCCGCGACGCAAUUUACAAGGAAGAAAAAGAAAAGUCGUUCAAGAGGUUGGUGGAUGAGCUGAAGGAAGCAACGAUUUCCGAUUCACCUCAUCUCUGCCGAGCCGACAAAUCGCAUGUGCCCCAGCCAAAACUGGACAUUCGGCACCGGUUUGAAUUUACCCUGCAAAAAGGCCGAUUAGUCGAAUUCAUACAACUCAUACGGGACAAGUGCUUAGUCAUCGUUUCCGAGUCUGAUCGAAAACGCAUCUUUAUCGAGGAUAAUAUUACGCUUGAACAUUCGAUCAAAACAACGCAUGGCAAGGUGACCCUGCAUCAUAACUCCUUGGGAGGAUCGAAAUGCAAAUUUGCACUAGAUCAAACCACUCGUCUGCUCGCAAUCGUCCACGGACAAAAGGAUGAUUUGAAGCUAUCUAUCUAUAUCUUUGAUGAGCUAUUCACGAAUCUUAGAAGCCGUGGCUCGCCUAUUCCCUUGAGGAAUUGGUAUAAUCAGCCAGUGGAUAUCAACAAAGUAUGCUUUGUAUCCGGGGCCGAGGAGGUUUGCUUGAUCGAAGAGUCGGGGCGCGUACGCAUCUUCUCGCUUGUCACUCAACAAUUCCGCAAUGCAUCGUUACAGAUCGACCACCCAAUCGUCGACGCCUUUUCUGCUCCGGAUGGUUCAUGUCUACUAGUCGCCGUUGCCCAAGAGGGGUCGUCCACCGCACAUCAACUUCUUGCCUUCCACUGGGCCUCUUUUGGUACCAACAAGAAGGGUAAGAUAUCAGCUACUCUCCUGCCCUGCGACGGUUACCGGGCGGUUACAAGAUUUGAAGGUCGCGGCCGAAUUCACGUUGUAUCUUUCAACAGAGACACCAGGACAAUAAACUCGAUUGUUUUGCAGAUUACCCAAAAGGCCACCGAAUUUUCGUUCCGUUCUGACCGUGAACAGUCAAGGAGAACAUCCACAGAGACCAUAAACAAUAGUUUGAUCGACUGUCAUCUCGAAGUAUGGACCCGGUUUCCCGUAGUCCCGGCCGUCGCACGAAACGCCCUUGACGCAAUCAAUCGGCAACCACGACAGUUAAACUUCAUCUCGCACACAAAUUUGGACGAAGUAGAGGAAUACUUUGCGAGGAUGAUCUCAACAUUUGAGACGACAACACAAAAACCCAUGGGCGGAGGUCUUACUGCGAUUGAAGUGAGAGGGACACAUUUGGGCGAAACCAGUGGAUAUACGGAAGGCAAAAUCUCAGAGUUCAAACUAGGAAGCUUUGUUGUUGAACUAUUGUGCUUGAUUCCACUCCAUUUGGCGGUAACGAGGGAGAACAGGUUUAUCCCGCUCAAAGACGGCGUUUGGGACCCGGAUUACGAGCGCUCUUUGUUGGGGGCAGACGUUCCCGCAAUUGUUGAUGCGCUGAGUCUUGGAUGGUACGAGUCGCUAUUUCAGUCGUAUAUGGCAAAAAAGCCUGUUCGAGUAGUCAGUUCCAUGGGUGAACAAAGCGUAGGCAAGAGCUAUUGUCUCAAUCACUUUGCCGAUACAUCAUUUGCUGGAUCCGCUAUGCGCACAACCGAGGGGGUAUGGCUAUCUUGUACUCCAACAGAAAAGUACCUGCUUGUAUCACUAGAUUUCGAAGGUGUUCACUCGAUCGAGCGUAGUGCACAAGAGGACGCUUUGCUUGUAUUGUUCAACACAGCCAUUUCCAACCUCGUUCUGUUUCGCAAUAACUUUGCUAUGUCCAGAGACAUUGCUGGACUAUUCACCAGCUUCCAAUCUUCUGCGACUGUUUUGGAUCCAAACGUUAACCGGGGGUUGUUUAACUCAACCUUGGCUAUCAUAAUUAAAGACGUGACAAAUGCAGACUCGAAAGACAUUGUCAAAGAAUUUUCGCUCAGGUUCCAAGCAAUUGUCGAGAGGGAAAAAGACCAGAACUUCAUCACUCGCCUCCAUCGCGGUCGCGUUCAGAUUAUCCCAUGGCCUGUUAUCAACUCUCCUGGAUUCUAUACGCUCUUUAACCGUCUGCAUCAGAAACUCGACCAACAGCCGUUCACACAUGGUACAGGCGGAGCGUUCUUACACAAUCUCAAAACACUUAUGGCUAAGAUCAAGACAAGCGACUGGGGUUCACUUGACCAGAAUCUAGCUGCCCAUCGCGCCCAACAACUGAUGGAAAGGCUGCCACAUGCGUUGUGCUAUGGUCGAGAAGAUGAGGGACCUUUGAAGAACAUGGACACCGAUGAGGAGUUUGCGAUUCCGGAGCACAUGCCCCCGCUAUUUGUGCCUGAGUUUUCGGGUAUACCUGACGCUUCAUACGUUGAGGCGCUUCAAAACAGACUGUACGAGCUACUGGAUCAACGACUCUCAUUGGUCCAGCAGUGGAUGAGUGCAAAUAUCGAGCGCUUCCCUUCGACCAACCAGGAUAUACGCAACCUUGCCGGGAAGCUCAACACAGCCUCACUUGCAAUGCGCGCCACCGUGCAGCUGUGUUCAUCUUCGUGCUCGGAGUGCCAGCUGUUGUGUCUCGCGCAUACAGGCACUCGGGCGAUCACAGUUGUGGAACAAAUCAUCGGUGCGUCUCAUCAUGUGAAGUUGCUGAGGAGCACUCGCAACACGAACCAUGUGGUUUACCGGCAGGUCAUGGAGGACGGCACAUGUGUAAUGUAA